AAGAGAGCGACGGCAAAGAAGAGUGGCAACAGCGAAAAAGUGCGGCGAAAGAAAACCUAUUUAAGCAAAACGCAACCAUUACUCGGUAAUUUGUUGGGCGCGUUUUAAUCGGAAAUCGGGCAAGAUGGGAAACUUCGACGGCGAUUCUGGAACGGUUUUCGAGCAGAGUUACGCGACGACAAACGGGAAUGGAAAGGUGCCGAACGGAAACGGGGCGGCCAGCUUUAGUCCUCCGGAAAAAGAGGAACUUCUCAGCCAGCGAAAAUUCUCGGCACCCGCAUACACGGAAAUUCGCACGCGACGCUGCCAUUCGAAGCCCACUCACGACGCCAAGAGUCCCAGCUUGGUGAACUACCAUCCGGAAAAGAAAUGGACCUCCGGUGGACAUGCCUCGACGGAAUCCGAGUCGAAACCCAACCAGGCGGAGGGGAAGCUGUCGCCGGCGGAGGAGCACAGGCAGAAGACCUCCUUCGAGGAGGUGCCGCUGCACACGGCCUGCCUCACGUACUUGGGCUUCUACCUGCUGAUGAUCCUGGGCUACAUCAACCAGCUGCUCUUCGUGCCCAAGGUGGCCACGGAGAAGGGUCGCGACGGCUAUGUGACGCUGUACGAUGCCUUCGAGAGCUUCUACUCGCGGUACGUGUACCGCCGCAUCAAGGACUGCUGGAAUCGCCCCAUUUGCAGUGUGCCCGGCGAGGAGCUCACGCUGAAGGAUCGCGUCACCGACGACUACGGCUGGAGCUUCAAGUUCACCGGCACGGAGACGCGCUGCCUGAACUUGGGCUCCUACAAUUACCUGGGAUUCGCAGCGGCCACCGGACGCUGUGCCGACGAGUCGGAGGAGAGUGCUCGGCACUCGGGACUGGCCUACUGCAGCUCCCGCUGUGAGCUGGGCGACAACGAGCAGCUGCGCGAACUGGAGGCCCAGACAGCCCGGUACUUUGGCGUGGAGGAUGCCAUUGUCUUUGGCAUGGGCUUCGCCACGAAUGCCCUCAAUCUGCCGUCGCUGCUGGGACCCAACAGUCUGGUGGUCAGUGACGAGAAGAACCAUGCCUCCAUCAUCCUGGGACUGCGCCUGUCCGGAGCCACCACCAAGGUGUUCAAGCACAACAACAUGCGCGACCUGGAGCGAGUGCUGCGCCAGGGCAUCUGCCAUGGCAAUCCGAAGAGGGGCGGCCAGCCGUGGGACAAGGUGAUGAUCCUGGUCGAGGGCAUCUUCAGCAUGGAGGGCUCCAUUGUCCGGCUGCCCGAAGUGAUUGCGCUGAAGAAGAAGUACAAGGCGUACUUGUAUCUGGACGAGGCGCACAGCGUAGGAGCCAUGGGCUCUCGUGGCCGCGGCGUUACCGACUACUUCAAUGUCGAUCCCAAGGAGGUGGACAUCCUGAUGGGCACCUUCACCAAGAGUUUCGGCAGUGCUGGUGGCUAUCUCGCCGGAUCAAAGAAACUGAUUGACUUCCUGCGCACCAACAGUCAUGCCCAUUGCUAUGCCGCCUCCAUUUCACCGCCUAUUGCCCAGCAGAUCCUGACCUCCAUGAGGACCAUUAUGGGCGAGGAUGGCACCGACAUUGGCCGCAAGAAGAUCCACCAGCUGGCCCGCAACACGCGCUACUUCCGCCGCCGUCUGGCGCAGCUGGGCGUGAUCACAUACGGCCACGAGGACUCGCCGGUGGUGCCCAUGCUGGUGUACCUCUUCUCCAAGAUCGGCGCUGUGGUUCGCACCUUGACGACCCGGCACAUUGCCGCCGUGGGCGCUGGAUUCCCGGCCACGCCCAUUAUGGAGGGACGCAUCCGUUUCUGCCUGUCGGCCGCCCACACCAAGGAGCAACUGGACUUUGCCCUGGAGGCGAUAGACGAGAUCGCCGACGAUCUGGGCCUUAAGUAUUCCCGCAAGCCUCGCGAUCCGAAUCCCGUCGUCUACUAGGAUACAUAGGAGUCAUAGGAGACAUAGCAGUUAAGCCAGGGGGGAUGUGAAAGUCAGUCUCCCCGAGAUUGUUAGACCAAAAGUAUAAAACACAGUCCAGAUAUUGCUAGAUCAUUCAGGAACGAUGGGUUACCACGUGGAGUGGGCUUCUGUUUAUGACUAAUUCCCCGGGAAUAUCCAUUGGGAAGGGAGCAUCACUACAGCAAGGAGAACAGAUAAGUACAGCACCUAGCUUAAAUGAUAAAAUAUUAUUAAUUAUUUAGCAUUUACCUCUACGUAGUUGUUACUGUAAUUGUAAACUCCAGUUGUCUUCUUUAGUCCGCCUGCUGCAUUUUUGCAUUUUGCGUAUUUUGUUGGGUAAAGAAGAUGUGUGAAAUGAAUUAAGCAAGUCAAAGUCAGGUUUUGGUUUUGGUUUUGGUUAAAUUCAGAGCUAAGCUAAGGGGAAGCCCCUUUUUCGUGGGACAGUCGAGCACCUCGCUUCUACCAUUUAAGCCAUUUAAGCUGAGCCAAACGAAAUUGUAAAACACCAUUUCGCUAGGCCUCUGGGGUCCAAAAUUUGGGCCAUUGUCAGGAACCUAUAUAUAUAUAUAUGUAUAAUGAUUAUGUAUUAAUGAUUUUAUUUUUCUAUCAAGAAAUAAAUAACUGUUGCUUUAUCUAUUGAA